AGCGGCAAAAAAGCAGGCGUCGAGGGUGUCUCCCUGUCUGUCUCCUUCAUUUUCGCAGCCAUGGCUGAGGAAGAGCCUCUCAGGAGACAAGCGGAGCUGGUGCGGCGCCUGAAGAAGGAGAAGGCCAGCCCUGAGGAGAUUGCGGAGCAGGUGGCAACAUUGGGGAUGAAGGCUGCCAUAUGCCCCGAGGAAGGGAAGCAUAAGUUUGUCCUCAAGACACCAAAGGGAACAAGGGACUAUAGUCCCAAGCAGAUGGCCAUCCAAGAGAAGGUCUUCAGCAUCAUAAUCAAUUGCUUCAAACGCCAUGGAGCUGAGACAAUAGAUACACCAGUGUUUGAACUAAAGGAAACGUUGACAGGGAAGUAUGGAGAAGACUCCAAGCUCAUCUAUGAUUUGAAAGAUCAGGGAGGAGAGCUCUUGUCUCUUCGAUAUGAUUUGACUGUUCCAUUUGCACGUUAUUUGGCUAUGAACAAAAUCACCAAUAUAAAACGUUACCAUAUUGCUAAAGUCUACCGACGGGACAAUCCAGCCAUGACAAGGGGCCGCUACAGAGAGUUUUAUCAGUGUGAUUUUGACAUCGCUGGCCAGUAUGAUGCCAUGAUUCCUGAUGCAGAAUGUUUGAAGAUUGUGCAUGAGAUUCUGAGUGCCUUACAAAUAGGAGACUUUCGCAUUAAGGUCAAUGACCGGCGUAUCCUUGAUGGGAUGUUUGCAGUUUGUGGUGUUCCAGAUAGCAAAUUCCGGACCAUUUGUUCCAGUGUAGACAAACUAGACAAGAUGAGCUGGGAGGAUGUGAAAAGUGAGAUGGUUGGAGAGAAAGGACUCUCACCAGAAAUUGCAGAUAAUAUUGGCGAAUAUGUAAAGUUUCAUGGUGGCCUGAAUCAGAUUGAACAGUUGCUUCAGGAUCCAAAGUUGUCACAGAACAAACUGGCCAUGGAAGGACUUGGGGAGAUGAAGCUGCUUUUUGAAUACUUGGCCCUUUUUGGCAUUUCAGAUCAAGUCUCUUUUGAUCUGAGCCUGGCUCGUGGCCUGGAUUACUAUACUGGAGUAAUUUAUGAGGCUGUCCUUCUGCAGCAGCAAAAUGACCAUACAGAAGAGUCUGUUGGUGUGGGCAGUGUAGCUGGAGGUGGCCGUUAUGAUGGACUAGUAGGAAUGUUUGACCCCAAGGGGCGGAAGGUGCCCUGUGUGGGAGUCAGCAUUGGCAUUGAACGAAUCUUCUCCAUCAUGGAACAAAAGAUG